UCUAUCUUUAUAUGUUCCUCCGAAUCAUGCAAAAUUAAAGUAUUGUGUACCAAAGUUGAUGUGAAAAAACAGAGUCUUAAAUUAGAACAGUGGUAAACAACUGAAGUGAAGUGAAGUGAUGGUGAAAUAGAAACCACAUAGCUUGAACAGAAUGGGACAACGUUAAAAGUCCCUGGUACAAGGCAAGGGUGCAAAUCUCGUGACCCACAUAAAUGCUCAAAUUCUCCGUCCCCUACACCAUUUAUAACACUAACGUCUUUUCUCGUGAGCACGCAUUACUCCACUCCAGCCAAAUCACCAACUUCGCUUUUAAAUAGUAAAAAACAUAACUACUCACACUAACCCCAUUCAUUAACAUGGAUCCACCCUCUAUAAAAAAAAACCAACCCAAAAACAUCAAUUUCAGCAUCAUCGUCACACACAUACCAUAAAAAAUGACUCUCUGUCGUCUUCUUCUCCUACAAGUACUAUGUUGCACGCUGUUUUUGCCGUCUCAUGUAACGGCAUUCACGGUGAUCAUGUCAGACUCCGGCGUGCCGUCAACCCUGGUAGACGGUCCACAGACGGGGUUUUCCAUGAACCAAGACGGUUCCCGAACGGAUAAACGAGAGCAAGAGGCGGUGUACGACAUCAUGAGAGCCACCGGAAACGACUGGGCCACCAACAUCCCCGACGUGUGCCGCGGUCGCUGGCACGGCAUCGAGUGCAUGCCCGACAAGGCCAACGUUUUCCACGUGGUGUCUCUUUCGUUCGGAGCACUCUCCGACGACACCGCUUUUCCGACAUGCGACCCGACCCGCUCCGUUAUCUCACCCUCCAUCACACGCCUUCCCCACCUCAGGACCUUGUUCUUUUACCGUUGCUUCAGUUACAACCCUCAGCCCAUCCCAUCCUUCUUGGGCCUGUUGGGCCCAACCUUGCAAACCUUAGUCCUCAGAGAAAACGGCCACAUUGGGCCCAUUCCCGUUGAAUUGGGCAACCUUACUCGUUUGAAGGUCCUGGACCUUCACAAAAACAACCUCAACGGCUCCGUACCCCUCUCAUUGGGCCGGAUCACAGGUUUAAGGUCUUUGGAUUUGAGCGCCAACAAAUUAACCGGUUCCAUACCCGGUUUCAGUUUCCCUUCUUUAAACGUGUUGGACCUCAGCCAGAAUCUUUUGAUGGGCCCAAUUCCUUCUUCUCUAUGGGACUGUCAUUCUCUCAUCAAAUUGGAUUGCAGCCGCAACCGCCUCGCGGGCCCGUUGCCGGAGAAGCCCAUGAGCCUGAAAGACCUUAUGCUUUUGGAUUUAAGCUACAACCGUCUGCAAGGCCCAUUUCCGGAGUCAAUCAAAAGCCUGAGUUCGCUUCAGGCUUUGAUCCUCAAAGGAAACCCAAUGGGCUCGACUACGAUGAUACCCAGUGAUGGGUUUGAUGGCAUGAAAGCCCUGAUGAUUGUGGUUUUGUCGAACAUGAAUUUGCAUGGGCCGGUGCCCGAAUCACUGGGGAAGUUGCGGAACCUUCGCGUGCUUCAUCUGGAUGGGAACCACUUGAAUGGGUCAAUUCCGAAGAGUUUCGGGGAUUUGAGAAACCUUAGUGAACUUAGGCUGAACGAUAAUGGGCUUAGUGGGCUUGUGCCAUUCGAGAGGGAAAUGGUUUGGAGAAUGAAAAGAAAGCUGAAACUGAACAAUAAUUCAGGGCUUUGCUACGAUGCACGCAGUGGUUUGGGAGAUACCAUGGACUCCACCUUCGAUUUAGGUAUUGGUUCGUGUGACACAGAAUCUACGACUCCAGAUUCCGUUACCACACACCAACAACAUCUUUCAAUGUCUUUCCCGACACCAACACCAACACAUUUCACAUCACACGGUGUGAAACCUCUUACAUCAUCACUCCCACUACCCAUUUUUCUACUCUUUACUAUCAUUUUCUUGUAUGUAAAUAAAUAAAUAAAUAAAUUAUAGUACAGUACAUUCAAAUUUGUUAUAGCAAUAUAUUUAUACUAUUUAAAGUAUUAUUGUU